AUGGCGAUGAAGAAAGUUGACGAGCAUGCUGCUGCCUUCGACGCCUUGAACUUGAAUAGAGGCACCUUGGUUGGCAAAGGAGCCACGGCCGAUGUCGUUCUUGCAUCAUCUCGAGACGACGUAUCCAGGAAAUGUGCGGUGAAGAUAUUCGACCUAGCGAAAUACGACGGUUGUAAUGAGUGGGGGUUCAUCAAGGAAGUUGAUUUCUUGAAGGAGCUUAGCCAUCCACGUAUCGUCUCGCUAGUGACGUCUUUCGCCAACCCUCGCCACGGAUAUAUUGUUUUAAAGUACUACCCGAGAGGGAGCCUGGACGCGAAGUUCAGAUUUUUGGAGCCCCCGCAAGUACUUCGGUAUAUUCGUGACAUCGGAACAGCGCUAGAAUACACACACAGUCGAGGAAUCUACCACCGAGACAUCAAGCCAGCCAAUGUUCUUGUAGACGAGGAAGACCACGCAGUUUUAUGUGACUUUGGCCUGUCAGGACGGUUGAAGAACGGCGACACCAAAGUGACCAGAUGGAACACCAGUCUCGGCUUCCACGGACCUGAAACCAAGAAAGGACAAGCGAUGUGCCCUUACAAGAAACACAAGGAACACAGAUAUCACCACAAACAGAUCCCAUUCUUUAUGACAUCAUUUGCACUCAACAUUACAUAUGUCACUGCACGUAGUUAG